GGUGCCAUAGGUUCCAGCCUGACGGGAUGGUUCAGGAAAACCAGACUCUGCCUGAAUUCAUCCUCUUAGGAUUCUCUGACCUCGGGGCCCUGCAGGGCCCGCUGUUCUGGGCGGUGCUGCUGGUGUACCUGGUCUCCUUGCUAGGGAACUCCAUGAUCAUCCUCCUCACCCAGGCCAGCCCCUCCCUGCACUCGCCCAUGUACUUCUUCCUGCGCCACCUCUCGGUGGUGGAGCUCCUCUACACCACCGACAUCGUGCCCAGGGCCCUGGCCGACCUGGCCGCCCGGCACCCCCGGGCCAUCUCCUUCCGGGGCUGUGCCGCCCAGAUGUCCAUCUUCAUCGUCCUGGGCAUCUCCGAGUGCUGCCUGCUCACGGCCAUGGCCUACGACCGCUACGCGGCCAUCUGCCGGCCCCUGCACUACUCCGCGCUCAUGAGCAGGCGGGCCUGCGUGGCCAUGGUGAGCAGCUCCUGGCUCAUGGGCGUCCUCACGGCCACCACCCACUCCUCCCUCAUCUUCUCCCUGCCUUUCCCGCGCCGCCCGGUCGUCCCGCACUUCCUCUGUGACAUCCUGCCGGUGCUGAGGCUGGCAAGCGCCGGGAAGCGCAGGAGCGAGGUCUCCGUGAUGACGGCCACCGUGGUCUUCAUCAUGGUCCCCUUCUCUCUGAUCGUCACCUCUUACGCCCGCAUCCUGGGUGCCAUCCUGGCCAUGGCCUCCGCCCAGAGCCGCCGCAAGGUCUUCUCCACCUGCUCCUCCCACCUGCUCGUGGUCUGCCUCUUCUUCGGGACGACCAGCAUCACCUACAUCCAGCCCCGGGCGGGCUCCUCGGUGACCACCGACCGCAUCCUCAGCCUCCUCUACACGGUGGUCACGCCCAUGCUCAACCCCAUCAUCUACACCCUCCGAAACAGGGAGGUGGCGGGGGCCCUGCGGCUCAUGGUGAAGAGGCAGGUCUUCCCCCCAUGAAGG